AUGGACGACGUCGAGCGCGACGUGCUCGCCGCGAUCGCGGCGUCCGGGACGGUGAACACGGGGACGAUCGCGGCGCGAUUGGGCGUCGAUCGCGAGGUCACGGUCGGGGUCAUGAAGCGGCUGCUCGCCGCGGACAUGAUCGCGUCGACGCCGAUCGAUCGAUCGAUGCUGACGCUCACGGAUGAGGGCGCGCGCGCGAUUGAGAUUGGAUCGCCGGAAGCGCGCGCGCACGCGGCGGUGCCGUCGGAGGGGAUGGAGUUGGCGACGUUUAAGUCGACGAGCGAGAGGGACGUCGCGGACGUCGGAUUCAAGCAGGCGAUGCAGUGUAAGUGGUUGACGAUGGUGAAGGGUGAGAGACCGAGGAUCGAACGCGCGGUGGAGACGAUUGUGGAUGAGACCAGGGAGACGCUUCGAAAGGUGCAGAGGGGUGAGAUGAUUGAGCAGAAGACGACGGAGGCGCUGAAGAAGCGAAAGCUCAUCAAGGAGGAAAAGUGGAAGGAGUACGAGCUCACCAAGGGGGCGGAGUUCGCGCUCGAGCGGAAGGUUUUGCCGGCGGAUUUGACGAAAGAGAUGAUGAACGAGGGGUCGUGGAAGGGACAGGAGUUCAAGGCGUAUAACUUGGUCCCGGGCGCCGGGGCGCAGCCGGCGAGCGGACACGUGCACCCGUUGCUCAAGGUGAGACAAGCCUUCAGAGAGAUCUUCUUCUCCCUCGGGUUCUCGGAGAUGCCGACGAAUAACUUCGUCGAGAGCGGAUUCUGGAACUUUGAUACGCUGAUUCAGCCGCAGCAGCACCCGGCGAGAGACGCUCACGACACGUUCUUCAUGAAGACGCCGGCGAAGAUGAACUUUGCGCCAGAGGACUAUGUCGAUCGCGUGCGAACGAUGCACGAGAUCGGCGGGGGCGGUUCCAUCGGUCAUCAGUACGCGUGGAAGCGCGCGGAGGCAGAUAAGAACAUCCUGCGCACGCACACCACCGCCGUGAGCGCGCGGAUGUUGUACGAUAUCGCGCAGACGGGAUUUAAGCCUGCGCGCUUGUUCUCCAUUGAUCGCGUGUUCCGCAACGAGGCUGUCGAUCGUACGCAUUUAGCCGAGUUCCACCAGGUCGAAGGCGUCAUUUGCGACAAGAAUCUCACCCUUGGAGACCUCAUCGGUGUUUUGUACCAAUUCUUCGAACGUCUCGGGAUGACGCAGCUCCGAUUCAAGCCGGCGUUCAACCCGUAUACGGAACCGUCGAUGGAAAUUUUCGCCUUCCACCCGAUGUUGGACAAGUGGGUCGAGGUCGGUAACUCCGGGAUGUUCCGCCCGGAGAUGCUUGAGCCGAUGGGUCUGCCCGAGGACGUCAACGUCAUUGCGUGGGGUCUCUCGCUCGAGCGACCGACAAUGAUCAUGUACGGAAUCGACAACAUCCGAGAUCUGUUUGGGUCGAAGAUGAUGAUUUCGAGCGUGAAGAACAAUCCAAUCUGCACCAUCUAA